AUGACCGCUGGGAGGACUUCGCUGGGGUCACUGCUGCUGCUGCUGAGUCUGGCAGCUGUAACGAUGGCAGGAAUAGCAAGCCCACAAAAUCCAGGAUGCCCAAAUACUGAGGGCAAGAACUUCCCCCAGACUGUGAACGUCAAUCUGAACAUCCUCAACCGGAAUACGAAUCCCAAAAGGCCCUCCGAUUACUACAACCGAUCCACUUCACCUUGGACUCUCCACCGCAAUGAGGACCCUGAGAGAUACCCCUCAGUGAUCUGGGAAGCCAGGUGUCGCCACUUGGGCUGCGUCAAUGCGGAGGGGAAGGUGGACUACCACAUGAACUCCGUCGCCAUCCAGCAGGAGAUCCUGGUUCUGCGCAGGGAGCCUAAGCACUGCCCCUACUCCUUCCGGCUGGAGAAGAUGCUGGUGGACGUGGGCUGCACCUGCGUCACCCCCAUCGUCCGCCGCGUGGCCUAAGAGCUUCGGGUCCCAUCCGAGGCUCCCCAAAGCAGUUAGGUUUUCCAAGGAGCAGACCCAGCCCUCAGG